AUGGAUGACGCGAAGUACGCUCGCGUGCAAUCCUACGGCAGCACGAGCUCGGCGCGGGGCGAAGACGACAUGACUGUACGCAGCCAGCUGUUCCCCUACCCUAAGAAGAUGGUGGUGGAGCGCGAGAUGCUGUACGAGGAGGAACACCCUCCGUUCCAGCCGCUGCUCGCCACUUCCAGGGCACUCGGGAAGGCAAGGUUCACCAGCCUGCUGGCUCUCUACGUCCUGUUCUACGCGCUGUUCCUAGUUGUGGGCGCUGUGAUAUUUUCGAUGCUAGAGGGCCCACUGGAAGACCAAACCCGACUCGAAGUCAUGAGCGCCAAGCAGGACUUCCUCACUCGACAUCCCAAUAUCUUAGACGACGACCUCGAGACACUGCUGCAGGAGGUGAUCCGGGCUAGCAAUCGAGGGGUGUCUGCCUCGAAGAACGUCACCGGCGGACCCAACUGGAGCUUCGGACAGUCCCUCUUCUUCUCCUCCACCGUGGUUACCACAAUCGGUUACGGCCACGUCACUCCGCUAUCGAAGCCCGGGAAGCUGUUUUGCAUGGUGUACGCCCUGCUGGGUAUACCGUUGACGCUGGUGCUGCUGUCAGCGCUGGUCGAGCGGCUGUUGCUGCCCGCCACGGCGCUCCUGCGCAGCCUGAACGCCGCCCUCGGCCACCUCUACCGCCCCUUCACCAUACGGCUGGUUCAUCUCACGAUCAUCGUGACAAUUUUCGUGGUGUUCUUUAUCCUGGUGCCGGCUGCUAUCUUCGCUAGUCUGGAGCCGGAGUGGGACUUCCUGGACUCGUUGUAUUACUGCUUCAUCUCGCUUACGACCAUCGGCCUCGGUGAUUAUAUCCCGGGGGAUUCCCCCGCCCAGCCUUACCGGCCUAUGUACAAGGUUGCUACCACAAUAUACCUGAUCACCGGGCUGACGUUCCUCAUGCUGACGCUCACCGUGUUCUACGACAUACCGCAACUGAACCUCAGCACGGUGUUCUCGUCGAUGAAGCUGGACGAGGAUCCGGAGAAGAUGCGGCUGAGCGGCUCCGCGUGCCCGGGAUACGGCGUCGGCGGCCUCAUGAUGCACGACCGCUACCGCGAGCACGAGCAGCGCCGCUCCGUCGUGCACAUCCGCCCCCAUCUGGAUGACAGCCCCAGCCCCGAGGACACAACACCCGUCCACGCGAGGGACAUUCGACUUCAC